AUGAAGUAUCUACUACUUCUGGGCACAGGAUUGACCCAUGUUCUGGGAAAUGCCAAAAGUGCAGGCGCCGACUCACUAUGCAUCUUUCCACAGUCCCUCGCACACUCCUCGAUCUGCACCAUCAGGGAUGCUGUAGAACCGCUUACCACCACUCGGGACCGAGUUCUGUCCAACUCUUCGGCACUAUCAACAAGCUCUCUCUGGACGGGGAUCUCUCGAUGCUUCAGAGAAGGGCUUGAAUCUCCGGAAUUUUGUAUCUACAUCAAGGAAGACUACGGGGGCAAAGGCAUCGCUGUCAUUACCGAGGCCGAGACCGCCAGUCAUAUUGUCAACAGUCAGGGGUUUACCAAACCAAGCUAUCUCCAAGGCACCAACCAGAUCCUGGGGAAGAUCAAGGUUGCGGCUAUUCCUGGCAAAGAGUACGGGUUGGUAGCCACUGAACGUAUAGCCCGGGGUGAGGUGAUUCUCAAAGAGACCGCCAGUCUACUGGUUGAUUACGCAGCACUGGAAUCGAUGCCCCGGAAUCAGCUGGACAUCAUGCGAGCUCAUGCAGUAGGCCUGUUGAAUUACCAUCAUCGGAAUCAGGUCAUGAAUCUGUCCACGCACGGAUACCAUGGAGAUGAGGUAUCUACCGUCGCUGCAAUUGCCAAGAACAAUAUGUUCUCAAUCAGUACCAAUAGCAGCCGUACCGACGACAGGUUUUAUGCAUUAUUCGCUCAAACUUCUCGCUUGAAUCACGAUUGCCGCCCCAAUAUCGACUACUGGUUUGAUCCUCGGACACUGACACAGCGAACAACCGCUCUUCGCGACAUCUUCCCCGGCGAAGAGCUCACAAUCAGUUAUGUUGAGCCUUUGCAAUCUCGUGAUGACAGGCAAAAUCGCCUGCACUCCAACUGGGGCUUUAUUUGCAGCUGUCACUUUUGCAAGCAAUCCGAUCUCAUGACUGAAGCCUCAGACAAACGAAUCGUACAAAUCUACUCAUUGCUUGAGGAGCUGAAGGACCACUCGCCUCAGUCAAAGGCCACACCACAAAUGGCCGAGCUUCUUAUAUCUCUUUAUCACCAAGAGCACAACUGGAGUUUCCUCAGUGAGGCUUACAUGCUUGCUGCAAUUGAACACAGCGGUGUGGGGGAGCCAUGGCUUGCGACCAAGUAUGCCAGCCUCGCGAUCGAUGCUGGUCUUCUCUCCCUGUGGGAAGAUCAUAGACACGUCAAAGAUAUGGAAGAUCUCGCAAGGGAUCCUUGGUCGCAUUGGAGUUGGAUGCUGAGAAAACAUUAA